AUGAACAAAUCAAUUAUCUUGUCUAUAGUCCUCCUCUUUACUUUUAUUUCAAUUUCAUAUUGUGGUAUUAAUACAAUUGUACAAAAUGGAAAAGUACUUACUAUUACACAUUCACCAAUGACAAUGAUUUGGUUUGAACAACAAGUAGUACUUAAUGGAAUGAAGACUAAUAUCAAGCCAUAUUGCAAGUCACUCUAUGGAUGGUCUCCAGUUGUUUGCACUUUACCAUCAGUUCCAGCUUGUGAUACCAUUCGUUUAUAUGGUUCAGCUGGUAUUGGUGCUACUAAUCUCCAAAUGUUAUCAGCUUUCAAUUGUACUGUUUUAGCUUAA